UAAUAUGUUGAUGUAAAAAAACAAAGAUAAAAGAUCUCAUUUUAAUAUAUCUUUGAUGAACAACUAGCCGGACAACACGAUCUCAGUCAGAGACUUGAACUUAAUGGGUUUUGUCACCCUUUAAAUACUGCUGAAAGGAAAACCCUUAUCAUGGCCGUGUCAAAACUAUCAUUUUCAUCUUGUAUCCCUUUUUGUCACCAUCUUUGUCAGGGUUAAUUUCUUUUGUUUCUUGCAAGAAAAAGCCAGUGCUCAAUUCUUGGAGAUAUUAGUUAUGAUGUUUAAGGACUGUGUUGGCGGGCUGAAAGAGCUUAGGCCUUUAGCACACUUGCUGUUGCCACUAUGUUUUCAUUGGAUCGCCGAGGAAAUGACUGUUUCUGUUCUUGUCGAUGUUGUUACUUCUGCUUUGUGUCCUGGUCAGACUAAAUGCUCCGAGGCUAUUUACAUCAGUGGUCUCCAACAAACGGUGGUUGGAAUUUUCAAGAUGGUGGUAUUACCAUUCCUAGGCCAGCUUGCUGAUGAAUAUGGGCGCAAACCGCUUCUCCUCAUUACUGUAUCAACAUCCAUAUUCCCUUUUGCUGUGCUUGCCUGGAACCAAUCGAGGGGAUCUGUGUAUGUGUACUAUGUGCUUCGGACAAUUUCAUUUAUUAUAAGUCAAGGAAGUAUUUUCUGCAUUGCUGUUGCUUAUGCGGCAGAUAUUAUCGAAGAAGGAAACAGAGCUGCAGCAUUUAGUUGGAUCACUGGUUUCUUUUCUGCUUCUCAUGUCUUAGGCAAUCUUCUGGCACGUUUUCUUCCUGAGCAAUAUAUUUUUGUGGUUUCAAUUGCUUUCUUGAUCUUUAGUCCAGUUUAUAUGCAUUUUCUUCUAGCUGAGACGGUUGAACAGGUUCCAAAGAGGGAUCGAGAUUCAACCUUCUUGACUAAGAUAAUAAAUGUUGCCCACAAAAGAUAUGAAUCAAUGAGAGAUGCUGCAGCUGUAGUGUUUGAGAGCCCUACACUUAGAGGCAUUUCGUUUGUUUCCUUCUUCUAUGAGCUGGGAAUGUCUGGCAUCAGCUCAGUUUUACUCUUCUAUCUGAAGGCAGUGUUUGGUUUUAACAAGAAUCAAUAUUCGGAAAUCCUGUCGAUGGUAGGAAUCGGUGCAAUCUUUUCUCAGAUUUUGGUGCUUCCUCUUCUCAAUCCAUUGGUCGGAGAGGGAGGGAUAUUAUCUCUAGCCUUACUUGCAUCAAUAGCUUAUGGGUUGCUCUAUGGCCUGGCGUGGGCAUCUUGGGUGCCAUACUUGAGUGCCUCAUUUGGAGCCAUUUAUAUCCUCGUGAAGCCUGCUACUUAUGCUAUUAUUUCCAAAGGUUCAAGCUCAAUGAAUCAGGGAAAAACACAGGGAUUUGUUGCUGGUGUCCAGUCAAUAGCAAGUUUCUUAUCCCCUCUCGCAAUGAGUCCAUUGACUACAUGGUUCCUAUCUAGCACUGCCCCUUUCGACUGCAAAGGUUUCAGCAUUAUAGUUGCUUCAGUAAGCAUGAUGAUUGCUUUAUGCUUUGCUUGCCUACUUAAGCCGGACGAAAAGUUGAGCCAUGACCCGGAAGACGAAAUCGAAGCUCCACUCUUACGUGAAAGUUAACCGAGUGCCAAACUAUUAUUCUUCACAGCCAGAUCAUGUACAUGUCCAAGCAUUUCUUGCAUAUAUAAUAAACUAAUUGUCAAUGAAAUUAAAAACUUUCCUGGCAAAAA